AUGCUCAAUGCUAUAAAAGGAUUAGUUAAUAACCUUUCACCAGAAGAUAAGAAAGGUAUGCUUGAUAUGUUUGGGAUCAAAAUGCCUAAGAAAGCUAAAGACAUUACCAAUAAAUUAGCUCUGGCAAUUAAGAAUCAAGGAGGUACAGGAAGUGUAGCAGAUAUUUUCAAGAAUGCUAAGAGCUUCUAUGAUGACUACAAUGGUAUCAUGAAUGUUCCAGCUUCAAAUUCCCCAGUUGCUUUAGAUCACGAUCAGAGAUCUCAUAAUAGAGCGUUAAUGGAGAUGCAACCAAUAUACUCAGACCCUCCACCAAAGAUUGAUGAGAGCGAAUUAGCAUACAAAGAAAUACAGAAUGCCUUUUACGUUGUUAAGAACAUUAAUGGUCAAAAACUUCCUGAUGAGAAAUGGUUAGACCCAAUAACUAAAGCAGGAGAAAGAUUCAUUAUGUUUAACAUUGACCAAUACAGUCCAAGAGGAAAAGAUUACUUCAACAAGAUGUUUCCAAGAGUUAUGGCAAAGUUCAUUGGACAGAUAGACCUUUUCAAACAGAAGUGGACAUUCUAUUACGACUUUGAUGAGAAGAGAAACAUUUUGCGUCAUUUGAACAUCAAUACAAUGGGAUCAUUAGUUCAUCAGUUACUUAAUGAAGCUCCAAUAGCAGAAGUACAAGAAUUAGCAUCUAAAGUCCUUGAAUCAAACUAUGACUUCUUCCUUUGUAGUAUUCCUUCGUUAAGGAAGAUCGAGAUCUUUGACUAUACAGCUUAUUCAGAUGUUGAUGCUUCUGCUUUGAGAAAAGGAACGUACACACCAUAUAAACUCACAGCUGAAGAACAAGUUAUGUUAGAUACGAUGAGAGCAGCAGGUCAAGAAAAGAUCGCACUCAAGAUCAUCAAACAAAACCAUUCAAAGAAGAGAAACAGGUCACGUAAUGGUCAGCUUUGGACAUGGACAUGCAAAUUACCUAUUAACUUAGAGAGGUAUCAGAUCUUCAACGAACUUAAUGCAGAGACAGCAAAGAAGAUGAUGAAAGAUUCAUGUUUCAUCUACGCUUGUAUUCAAGCUGGUGUUGACGAAGCAACAAUUAAUCAUAUGAGGGAAAUCAUUCGUGUCAAAGAUUUUCCAAUGUCAAAGAUUAAGGUUAUUGCCAAAGAAACAGGAAUAAGGUUCCAUGUCAUCAAAUACAACGAGAAGUAUUCAAAUCAUUCAUAUACUUAUGAACCAGAUGAAGAACCAAAGAUGACAGUAGAACUUUUAUUAAUGUAUGACCACUACAUGUUGAACGAAAAGCUUCCAAUAAGUUCAAUGUUCAUCAAGAACUAUGAAGAUGUUUGUAAGUUGUGCAAGGAUUGGACUUUAGAGAAGAAGAUGUUAGUUAACAGAAGAUAUGAAACAAGGUAUGCAAUUAACUCAAAGUUAGUUACACCACUUGCAAAAGUCAUUGAACUCUUGUUUGCUAACAAUUAUUUCGAACCAAUUAGAACAGGAGAACUUUGCACAUACUUCACAACGAUGUAUAAUGAGAACCUUGAAGAAAUGAUUGACCUCACAUACAAUGAGCGUUAUUGCGCAAGGAUGAAGAAAGAUUGGAGUUCAGAGACGAAGAAAGACAUGAAGUUCCCAAGAGAACAUGUUUUCUUUGCUGACUUCGAAGCAUCAACUGAUGGAAACAUUCACAAAGCAUACAACAUUUGUUUCAUGGAAGAUGACGAUGAUGGUUAUACAUCAAUUUGGGGAAGUGACUGUGCGUCAAAAUUCCUCGAAGCUUUACCAGAUAAGAGUUUAGUUUAUUUCCACAACUUAUCGUACGAUGUCACUUUUCUCAUGUCUCAGUUAGAAGAGAUUACAGGAACUCCAAUCAUCAAAGGUUCACAAACGAUGCAGAUACAAGGAAAGUACAAAGGAAAACUUCUCUGCUUCAAAGACUCUUAUGCAAUCAUCUCAACUAAGUUGGAAAGAUUCCCUGAAAUGUUUCACCUCACUAGUGGUGAAAAAGAAGUUUUCCCAUAUAAUUACUACACGGAAGAGUUAGUUAAUACAACUAAAGUUGGUAACAUCGAUGAUGCCAUGAAUCAUGUCAAAGAUAUUGAAGCUUUUAAUGAGAACAUUGAGAAGAUUGAAGAUUGCAAGAUUGAUGAUGAACACUUUGACAUGGAAGUUUAUUCGUCAUUCUAUUGCGGUCAAGAUGUACGCAUUUUACGAGAUGGCUUUCUUAAGUUCCGCAAUGACCUCAUGACUGAGUUUGAAAUAGAUGCUUAUGAUUAUGUUUCAAUAAGUUCUAUCUCAAACAAACUCUUUGAGAAGAGAGUAUAUUGGAAGAACGGUAAUCUCUUUGAUCUUGCAGGAAAACCUCGUGAAUAUAUUUCCAAGUGUAUUCAAGGAGGAAGAUGCAUGCUAGCUGAGAACAAGAAGCAAUACAAUGAAGGAGAACUCAUCACUGACUUCGAUGCUGUAUCAUUGUAUCCAUCAGCAAUUGCUAGACUUUACUGUUUAGAAGGAAUUCCAAAAGUUAUGACAGAAGAGAUGAAGAGCAGUGAAUACUUGUUGGAGCAUCUCUUUGAUGAUGACCAAGCUGAACCAACAAAGGAAAAGUUCAUCUCAGGAUUUUACUGUCAGAUCGAGAUCUUGUCGAUCGGUAAGAACUCAGCAUUCCCAUUGAUUGUCGUCAAUCCUGACAUCAACCCUGACUUACAUGUUGCCAGAAGUUCCAAUACAUGCUGCAAGAUGUUCGUAGACCACAUUACGCUUCAAGAUCUGAUCAAGUUCCAAGAGAUCUCAUGCAAAGUCAUUGAUGGAUACUAUUAUGAUGGAAAAAGGGACAUGACAAUAAGGAAUGAAGUUAAGAAGCUCUUCGAAUUACGUGCUAAGUAUAAGAAGGAAGGUAAUCCGAUACAAGAGAUCAUCAAACUUCUUUUGAACAGUAUCUAUGGUAAGACGAUAUUAAAGCCCAUUGACAAAAAGAUUCGUUUCAUCAAGGACAAUAAGCUCACUGACUAUAUCAUUAAGAACUAUAAUGACAUACAGACAAUAGAGUUCAUCCCCGAUUCCGAACUUUCAUGUGUAAAGUCAUUUAAACCUAUCGUUCGUCACUUUAACUAUUGUCCAUUAGGUGUUUCAAUCCUUUCUAUGUCCAAACGAAUCAUGAAUGAAGUAUUCUUCACAGCAGAAGAUUUGGGCUUGAAGUUGUUCUAUCAGGAUACAGAUAGUUUACACUUGUAUGAGAAGGACUUAGAUAAGUUAGCAGAAGAAUACAAGAGAAGGUAUAACAGAGAACUCAUUGGAAAAGCACUGGGUCAAUUUCAUUCAGACUUUGCAGAGAUUACUGCAGGACAUAUGUCUAAGGCACAAAGAUCUAUAUUCGUUGGAAAGAAGACUUACCUCGACGAAUUAACCAAUGACCUCAAGGAAAUUGCUUUCCACUGUCGAAUGAAGGGAAUCACACAGGACGUAAUUGCACUUACUGCAAACCAAAUGUUCCCAGAUGCGAUACAAGUACAUUAUGACGAGAAGAAAGGUUUGUUCUUCCCUGAGAAAGUUGGGGAAAAAUAUAGCAUCGUGGAAUUGUACAAAUCUCUUUAUGAAGGUGAUGAGAUAACCUUUGACUUGUGCAUUGGUUCGAAACCAUGCUUCAACAAAAAUAAGGACUUCACUAUUUCAACGAAGUCAUCUUUUGAACGUAAGUUAAAGUUCUAA